GGCAGAUAUAAAAUAUCCUCCUGUGCCAUAAAUUUGAAAUCUGAUAUGGGUAACUUCUUUGUCAUAGCAUAACCGUAAAGAUUGUUACAGUCAAGAUAUAUCAAAUAUGUUGACGGUUUGGAAUCAUCGAAAUUCGGUAAGUAAAUAUUAUUUUUUUUUGUUUUUUAUUUUUUAUUUACAAAGACAAUUUAUAUUGAUAAUUGAAAAUGACGAAAUCUGGUUGGGGUUGUUGCAUUCCAAAGAAUACAAAUGGUAAUGAAGACUUCAUUGUAUGUACUAAAUGCAAGAAGAAAUUUCAUAAUGCAUGCAUUGCCCUUGAUAGUUCUUUUUUUACUGCGGAGAUGCGAGUAGUAUGGAGCUGCCCUGAAUGCGUCAGUAAUACACCCAGAUUUAUGAAAAAAGAUAGUACACCGAUUCAGGAAGUUUCUGCUGGCAGAAACAGUAAAAUACAAGCUCUUUCUUCGCCACCUGUAGAUAAGACCAAGGUUUCCAUGUCUACUGACGCCAUACAGAAUAUAUUGGAUGUCAUGACUAAAAAUAUAAAUGAAAAUUUUUCUCAGAUUCGAUCAGAUAUGAGCAAGACUAUCAACGAAGAGUUAAAGCUUGUAAAAUCUGAACUUUCGCAGAUAAAGGAAUCUAUGUGUUUUAUUGGUAAGCAAUAUGAUGAAUUGAAGAAAAUUCAUGAAGCCAAUCAAUCACUUAUUACCGAAUUAAGGAAAGAGAAUAAUGAAUUAAAAUCUACCGUCGAAGAUCUGGGUCAUCGCUUAAGUCAGGUUGAACAGCAAUCUCGUCAGUCUAAUAUAGAAUUACAAUGCGUUCCUGAACAUAAAAACGGAAAUUUAUUUCAAAUAAUUAAUGACCUUGGUAAGGUGGUUGGUUGCAGCAUCACCAGCAACGAUAUUCUUAAUUGCACACGUACGGCAAAAAUUUAUCGUUCAAGCACACGGCCUCGCUCAAUUGUCGUGCAACUGGCCUCUCCUAAGUUACGAGAUAAACUCCUGGCAUCCACAAUCAAAUUCAACAAGUAA